AUAAAAUAAUAAAAAGUCAAUGUAAGCUUCAAAACGAACAUUAUAUUAUAUCUUUCCUUUUUAAAAUUCACAUAUUAGAAAAAUUCUAUAGUAUUAUAAUUAGAAAUACGCUUUAUUAGAGCCUUAACUUGAAACAAAAUACAGUUUAUCGUAUCGAAAAGACUCGUAAUGAUAAUAUCUUAUAUAUUACUUAGAACUACACGAACAUUGCUUCAAAGCGUAACACGAUUCGCAUGUUUCGUUGGAAUCGUAUCGACGAAACGUCAAAAAUAAUGAAAUUACAUUGUGAAACCACUUGAAUCAAUCGUCAAACGCCGCAGAAAAAUUCCAGUAAAAUAUCCAGCAAUACACGAUGCGCGUGUACGAUCAACGAUGCUAGUAGUCGAAGAGUAUUUCAUCGGGCGAUGAUUUAAGGAACGAUUAUAUACAAAAUAAUUGAAUGAAAAUAUGUUCGUCGGGUGUGCGAAAUAAAAGAUUCGAGGUCAAUUUGAUCGUGAAAGAUGUCUUGCGCGAAGGAUUUCUCUUGCAUCGGAGGUCUGGAGAAGCAGAUUCGUGUUGUAAAGGAAACGGUUCUAUUUCCGCUCAUGUACGGUGACAUUUACGCGAAGUUCAACCUGAAACCACCGAGGGGUUUGCUUUUUUACGGGCCUCCCGGAACAGGAAAAACACUGGUCGCCAGCGCCUUAGCCGCAGAGUGUAGUAAUUCGGAACGAAAGGUUUCCUUUAUAUCUCGUAAGGGUUCCGAUUGCCUUAGCAAAUGGGUCGGCGAAAGCGAGAAAAAGCUCCAGAAGAUUUUUUCACUGGCUCAACAAUCGAAGCCUUGCAUAAUCUUCUUUGACGAAGUUGACGGUUUAGCUCCAGUCAGAUCUAGCCGCCAAGACUUUGUGCACGCCAGCAUUGUUUCCACUCUCUUGGCCUUGAUGGACGGCUUAGAGAACAAUUCAGAGAUCAUAGUAAUUGGAGCAACGAACAGAAUCGAUGCCAUAGAUCCAGCUUUAAGAAGACCUGGCCGAUUCGACAGAGAGCUAUACUUCCCGUUGCCAUGUUAUACGUCGAGGAAAGAAAUACUCUCAGUUUAUAUAAAAAGUUGGAAGCAAAAACCACCGCAAAAAUUUUUAGCGUAUCUGGCAUCGAAAACGGUCGGAUUUUGUGGAAGUGACUUGCAAGCUCUUUGCGCCGAAGCGGUAAUGUGCUGUGUUCGGAGACUCUAUCCGGAAAUAUACACUUCCACUGCGAAGUAUCAGAUUAAUGAACGUCAUCUUAAAGUUGAGAAACAAGAUUUUCUAAGGGCACAACAGAACAUCUUGCCAGCAUCGCAUCGUGUUACAAUCGCACCCGUGAAAUCUUUGUCGUAUAAAAUCCAGCCAUUACUUCAAGAAAAUUUGUCAUGCAUUCUGUCACAACUCGAAACUCUUUGUCCAACGGGAAUGUUAAUUUGCAAUGAUAUCACUGGUAGAGCUGUAUCGAGGUCAAACAGCUGUCCGAGGAUUUUAUUGUGCGGUGAUGACUCUCACACUCGUCAUCUGGGACCAGCAUUACUCCAUACCUUGGAACAUUUACCUUGUCAUGUGUUAGACGUCACAACUUUGUUCGAGGAAACAGGAAGGGCUGCGGAGGAAGCUCUCAUUCAAAAAAUGAAAAUGGCUCGAAGAAGUUUACCAUCGCUGCUCUACAUUCCUGACAUCUUAGCCUGGUGGGAUCUAGUGGAUGAAGCGGCACGCGUCGUUUUUACUUCUUUGAUGCAUGGCUUAGAUCGAUCGGUGCAUAUCUUAAUCUUGAUUACGGCCAAUUGCUCACAAGCAGAUUUACCAGCAGAUAUUGUAUCUUUAUUCGAUGAACAUCAAAGCGAAAUAUUCGAAGUCAUGCCCCCCGGAAAACAACAGCGAGAAUCUUUUUUCAAGCAAUUAUUCGUUCACUCGGCGUGUGACCUCGAAUCUAAUCGUUCUUCACAAGAAGAGAUGCCAUCCUCACGGAGGAGUAAACUCAGAGUCCGCAACAAAAUAUGCGCCGUGCGAUCAGCUCACGUGAUGACUGAUUCUAAAUCAAAAAUUAACAUUAAAAGAAAAAACAGCGCAUCAGGCGAAGGACCACCGUCAAAACGUACAAGAAAUUCUCCGUCCCAUCUAUCCGCUUCGAGCAACGAGAAACUGACAGAGUUCGAAAUAGAGGAACUGCUUCGAACGAUCGUCGGGGCGACGGAAACGUGGCCGUGCCACGAGCUCGAAAGUCUGUUCGCUUCCCUCGAAUUAACUCUAGAAAAGAACGAGGAAGAUUUAUGCUCUGCAAUUGAAUGCCUCGAACGGUUUAAAGAAUUCAGAAGGCUAAAAGUAUACGUGAAGAAGGAACAAGAAGAUUGAGUUAUCGUUUAUUAAUUUAUUGAACUAUAUCGCAUAUGUAUAAUAUCAUAGGUACAAGCAAUGUAUCCUUUCACUGACUGAUGUGUAACUUUCAGUCGUUCGCCACUGUGAACUGUACGUCUAACGACCAUCUGUUCAAACCUGGACAUAUGUCAUCAAAGAGAGUUGACAGACGCAUGAUGUUGCGAAUCAGUUGUGUAUUUUGUUAAUAAUAUGUAAUAGUUGAUCAUUAUCAUCGUUCGUGGUCGUAUGUGUACAUGUUACGUAAUGUGCUACAUGUAUCUAUAUAUGUUAUUGGCCUCUUUGUUUAAAUAUCUUGUGACAUAACGUUGCAUUUCACACGUGUAAUAUACGCAAAGUUAUAUUAAGAACUAAUUAAACAUAGAAAUUUUCUGUACUGCGAAAAGUAUUUUUGUAGCUGUAACGUUUAAACUGCUACGCUGCUAUAUACAGGGUGGUUGGUAACUGGUAGUACAAGCGGAAAGGGGGUGAUUCUACGCGAAAAAAGAAGUCGAAAAUAUACAAUACAAAUUUUUCGUUUGAGGCUUUGUUUUCGAGAAAAUCGACUUUGAAUUUUCGCUCGGUACGCCUGCGGUACAUUAUAACGGAUCUCACUGUAGAUCGUUGUCUCGAUGGAAAAAUUAAAAAAAAAAAAAAAAAAAAAACCCCUUUUUUUACGUGGGGAAAUCCGGCGGAUUUUUAUCGGCUAAAACCCCACGGGCGGGCCUAGGUGUAGUUCAGCAACGAGUGAAACCGUUCUCCGGGGGUACUUCCCAAACACUCAUAGAAGCACAACAACAUAGUAGGCAAGGGGGGUCGGGAAACCCACUUGCCCGUUGUAUAUACUUCUAAGAUGAUAUUUGGUUUUCCACCUUGGCUUGCCCAGGAGUGGUCUCGAACUCGCGACAUCUUACUACCC